AUUUAUGCUUAAUGUACAUUGGUUUGCAAUGCAGAUUUAGAGUGGCGAGAUCUAGACCAGUUUAUUCACUAAUGGAAUUCGUUUAUCUUCAAGUAGUAAGCUGCUUUAUUCAUGCCUUAUUAUUUGGACCAUUUACAUAUGUAUGUAUUUAUAAGAAGAAAAACGAACUGUUUAAUGGAAAACGUGAUCAUACAUGAGUGAAAAUCACAAAGUAUCGUACAUGGCCCACGAUUGUUCACUUCUCACUGAAUUAGUUCAUUUGACCUGUUUAUUCAAAAAUAAUUUUUAGCGAAUUUAAUGAAAUGCGAAUGUCGUUAAAUUUAGUAUGUUUUUUAUUGCAGCCUAAACGCAUGCAAUGAUUUUAGUGUUCACUGAAGAAUAGUCAGCACAAAUUGACCAUCUGCGAUAUUAAAAUAAAAAAAAUUUGUAUUAAGUAACCUUAAAAAACAUUUAACAAAUACAAUAUUUAUUCAUCGGUUGUCAAAAUCGCCCAAUCAAUGCCCGAAAUAGCUUUCUAUAUAGUUCCAUGCAAAAAACGUUUGUUUCCACAUCGAGUUGUUCAGCACUGAAAGUAUUCAAAAAGUGUGUUACAGCACUACUCGAAUAGUCAGUUUAAUUUUGUAGUGUCAUCGAGAAAAAUGGAUGCAUGCGAAAAGGAAAAUGAAACCAAGAAACGGGAAGAUAAACUCUUUCCGUUUAAGUGCUCUGAAGAGUACACCAAUGAAUUGCCCGAUCCGAAAAUUAACUGCAAGUUUCUGCCAUGUGGUAAAAGUUUAAUGGACUAUACCGAAGAACCUGUUUCCUUUCCACAGUUGGAAACGCAGUUUAACCAUACAUUUAACGGUCUUCAUAUGUUGUUCGAUAUCGAUCUGAUCAAUCAGAAUUGCUAUAACCAAGUCCCUGGGGGGCCCAAGGAAAUAGAUCCCAAGGAUGCUGAGUUGUUGACUGACAUUGAGGCGGUGCAUAUCAACAAUUCCACGUUGAAGGGUUCGUAUAAUUUUCUCACACGUGCUCAAGAAUACCGCGAACUCCUUGCCAAGAAGCGUUCCACUGUGCCAUGCUUACAACAUCUAGAGCCAGAGUCGGAGGAUCUGGAUCUGGAUUCAUUCAGCGUGGAACAGCAGAUACAGAUUAUAGAGCAAACAUUUGUGGACGUAAAUAGGCCACUGUGUGCCCAUCCCACCAAGUCGAACAGCAGUGUUCGGCCGGUCGCACAGCUGCCGGUGUUUCCAGAAUCCAAACAACUCGAGCUUGUACAAUUCCAUUUUCAUGUACCCGCCUUUGGUACUACCAAUAGUAUACUUAAGGAUUGUGGAAGCUACUAUAUAAACUUUAAACAAAAGCCCGAGCCGGUUUUUCAAAGGAUUAAUCAAAAAUAUGGCAAAUAUCUAACCGCUUAUCUCUCCGAGCAGCGCUUCAAGGAGGAGCAUAUCUCAGAAACCAGCGAACCCGACGGAUGUGUUGAGAGAUUCAUAUUGCGUGAGAAGGAUGGCAGCCUCUACUAUCAGACGCUUGGCAAACAUAUCAAGUUACAGAAGGGACAGACAAUUCAAAAUUCGUUUUCUAACCUAUCCCUGCUGGUUAAGCGCUCUAAGUAAAACCAGAAACAACCCAUCUCUACCAACAAGAUGUCAUUGCACUGAUCUUGAUCAAAUCGGUUUCUACAUAGCUCUGUCCCAUCUCUAAACAAAUAUAGUAAACAGUCCUGAAGAAAUAAAUUAAAAUAUAUAUUGUAAGCAGGUCAGAUUUAUGAUAUAGCAAUUGCUUAAAUGGUAUAGCUAAUUUGAAACAUCCUUAAUUUAUCAUCAAAUAUUUUCAAUUAUAAUAUGAAAGCAA